CAAUUCAAUAGAGUUUUUCUUCACUGUUUCAGCCUCUGUUGUUGCAAAGCUAUGGCAUCCAUGAUUUAUUUCACGUUGAUGGUGACCUUUAUGAGCUCUGUAUUUGUCCACACCAAGUACCUUCCCACUUGGGAAUCACUUGACAAAAGACCCCUUCCACCAUGGUAUGAUAAAGCAAAGUUCGGCAUCUUCAUCCACUGGGGUGUGUUCUCUGUACCUGGCUUUGGCUCAGAAUGGUUUUGGUGGUACUGGAAGGGAGAGUCCAAACCUGAAUUUAUUGAAUUUAUGAAGAAGAACUAUCGACCUGGUUUUUCGUAUGCUGAUUUUGGUCCAAUGUUCAGAGCAGAAUUAUAUGAACCAGAGAAGUGGGCUGAUUUAAUUGCAAACUCUGGAGCCAAGUAUUUUGUUUUAACAACCAAACAUCAUGAAGGAUGGACAAAUUGGAAAUCCAAUGUAUCAUGGAACUGGAAUUCUGUAGAUAAUGGUGCACAUAGAGACCUUGUUGGUGAGAUAUUUUAUCCCACCAAUUGAUGGAUUUAGUCACUAGAUACAAACCUGAGUAUGUUUGGUCAGAUGGAGAUCAAGGUGCAUCAGCUGAUUACUGGACCAGUAAGGAAUUUAUUGCUUGGCUCUACAAUGACAGUCCUGUUAAAGAAACUGUCAUAGUUAAUGACCGCUGGGGAUCAGGGGUGGCUUGUCACCAUGGAGAUGUGUACACUUGCUAUGAUCAAUAUAAUCCAGGGAAAAAACAGAAUCAUAAAUGGGAAAAUUGCUUUAAGGUUGACAAAAAGUCUUGGGGAUUUCGGCGAGACAUUGAUGCAGCUGACAUCAAUUCUAUUGAGGAACUGGUCUCACAACUGGUAUCCACAGUCAGUUGUGGUGGUAAUCUACUGCUUAACAUUGGUCCAUCAUCUGAGGGUCGAAUCCUGCCGAUAUUCCAGGAAAGGCUUUUACAAAUUGGACAGUGGUUGAGUAUCAAUGGAGAAGCUAUAUAUGAAACUACACCAUGGAGAAAACAAAAUGACACCAUAACUAAUAAUAUCUGGUACACCUCAAAGGGCACUGUAGUAUAUGCUGUUUCUUUGGAUUGGCCAGGGUCUGGGAGCCUCAGCCUUGGAGCACCAUAUGUCAUGAACAGCACGCUUGUCAAACUGCUUGGAUAUGACCAGAAAUUAUCCUGGACUAAAGGAUCCAAGGGUGGGAUUGUGAUAGAUGUUCCUGCUAUUCCUAUCAACCAGCUGAAGUCUAAAUGGGCGUGGACUUUUAAAUUAGAAAACGUUAAUUGAUGCAACGGAUCGAUUCAGUAGAAGUCAGUCCAUACCAUCGCUGUACGUGAACGCUGAAAUUAACGUAAACCAAUCGUUAUUAAAUAUUCUUUUCUAAAUUUUUA